AUGCCGAAGGGAUCAUUAUUACAAUUUUAUUUGCCUUCUGUGUUUGAGGGCUUUCCUAAUCAACAAAAUCAACAAAAUCGAAUCAAACAGAAUCAACAAAAUCGAAAUCUGGAGGUAUUUACAUUCUUACCACAAGAUAUGGAGUUGGGAAGAAGGGUUUCCCAGUAUGCCAACCAGAUUUUUUCUAAGGGUUGUGCCACAGUUACAAAAUACAAUUACUUGAGUGUCGACAAAGACUCUGUAAGCGAUGAUUCAAAUAAUAUAGUAAAAGUUAGUAAGGUGAGUAGGAGCACAUUUUUCACGGAAGGAGAAAUGAAAGAUAAAUGGGUUUAUAUUAAAUCCAAAGCCUUCGACCCUCCAAGAAGAGUCUCUGCCUUACUGGUGAAUGGUGCUCCAGGAGAUUCGGAUUCUCCAGUUUUUGAUAAAAACAAUCAGUUGGUAGGAAUUCUUCAUGGAGGAUUGAUAACAAAUCAGACGCCUAUGUAA